AUGGCAAGUACCGCAUCUUCCGCACGACCUUCCCAGUGGACUGCUGGUCCCGCAGUUCAAGCUUCUUUUCCCGGACCACAUCGUGGCUUUGUCCCACCAGCCAGGAAUCAACAUCAGCGCUCAGCAACGAGUCCAUUGUCAAACGAGUAUAAUCCAAAUCAGCCAUCAAUACCACAAGCAGCAAGUCCUACACCCACGGGCAAUAGCACAGGGGGAAACGGAAUGGUGGCUUCCGUAGGAGACCACCCGCGCCCGGCCCUCUCGACCACAAAUUCUGGACAUAGUCGAGUGUCCUCGUUCUUCUCAUUUCGCAAGAACAGCGCGUCGGAUAUAAGACCCAACGUAACCAGGUCUCUCAGCGGGAAGGAUCAAUUAAAUGGACAAAAUGUUAAUGAAUUUGGUCGUAGUGUUCCUCCUGGAGCUGGAGCACCCGUUGCUGGCCAAGGGCAUGCGCCAGCAUCACCGCCCGCAGGCCAGAACCCUCAACAACAACAUACGCGUACCCGAACCCUGUCCAACACACCGUCAUUGAAUGGCGCGCAGGCACAGACACAACCGGCGCCUUUGCAUCCCGAGAUUCGUUCAAUCGUCCAACUCACGAUCGCCCAUGCUCACAAAAUCUAUUUCUCUGGGCCUCUGGUACGACGGAUCGAGAGACAACCCGACGGUCAUCGACCCUCCAAGGACGAGGGAUGGACGAAUGUCUGGGCGCAGCUCGGAGGAACAACGCUGAGUAUAUGGGACAUGAAACAGAUCGAGGAGGCCAAUAAGCAUGGCAAAGAGGUUCCGCCAGCGUACGUUAACAUAACCGAUGCUUUUGUGCAAGUACUAGGAUCAGUCGCGGUUCCUACCGCCCCGGGUGCACCCCCAGGCCAGCCAUAUACAAACGUCAUUGCCAUUAAUACUGCUGGGUCCAACUUACUGUUCUUCUCAUGUCCCUCGACUGCUUCGCUGAUCUCCUGGGCGUCCGCCCUACGCCUCUCGGCUUGGGAGAAAUCAAGACUGGAAGAGAUAUACACUGCACACUUGCUGCGCAUCAGCAUCAAUGCGCGGGACACACCAUCGACGUUGGUUCGUGGCAAGAUGGAGGGCUGGGUGCGCGUUCGCGUAGCUGGCCAAACUGACUGGAAACUUCUCUGGAUGGUCAUCUCUUCCGCUGAUGCACUGCCAAUCUCACCGGGCGCAACCGCCACUAACUUCCCGGCUCCGAAGAAGAAGAGGAUGUCGAACUUAUUUUCACGACAUGAAAAUACCUCACAAAACUCUCAGACCAAUGAAGCCGUUCCUGCACGAGCGGCGAUUAAUUUCUACGCUGGAGCUAAAACAAAGGAGAGGAAGAAAGCAAUCCUGACGUUUAGCGAUGUUACACAGGCCUUUGCUGUGUACCCUGAACGACCGGAGUUGAUUAGCAGGAGUACGUUGAUCAAGAUGGAGGGCACGUUUGGAGAUGACGAAGCCGCUCAGGCUAUGAAACUGCGGGAAGGAUGGAUACUGAUGAUGCCUGAGCUGGAGGGCGGGUUGAGCCAGUCAAGCGAGAUGCUGAAGUGGAUCACCGCCCUGCAUGACGCUUUCGAACUCUACGGACGGCCGCAAGCAUGGACCUGGGAUCCUCGCGAUCCUGCCUCUCUGAUGUUUGCUUAUCCGGUUGGACCUCACAAAGAUCUCCUGUUCCUCGACCGCGAGGCGGCCGAAGUUAUGGACCCUCGCGAGGACCGCACUUCUGCAAUCCGCUCGAAACUCCUCGAAACUCUUACCGAUCGCAUGCGGGCAAUCGAACCUGGUCAACAGCCUACGGCUCAGCGCCCUCUACAACCUCCUGGACAAGCCGGACAACCACCGACUUCGACCGCUCCCCUUUCGCUCCCUCCGAUACCGAAUACGUCGGGAGCACCGCAGCAGAAUCAGCAACCAGCGCAGCAACAGAGUACGACAUUCUCAAGUGGAUUUCAACUACCUCCUCUCAAUUUCGACGCUGGACAGGCCGCCCAAGAUAAACCACAGGAAGCGUCAUAUUUGACUCCAAUCAAGGAGCAGAGCAUUUCUAGCGACAACUACAGUGGAAGUGCCCAAGCCCCACUCCUACGGGAACAGUCAUCCUUCAUCCUCAACGACCCUUCGCGCAGAACUGUUAGUCCUACGCCGCAUGCCGAGGAGACGUCAGGAUCUGGUCCUGCGGUGCCGGGAAAGGGAGCGUUUAGUCCGAGCGUUGUUGGUUCUGGGGCUUCUUUUGCUCCGGCAUCCCGGUUCAACUCAGACAAACCUACGGCAUUGAACUCGCCUGCUCGAACUUCGAUGGAUAGCGCUGUGCGCGGUACAAGCCCUGCCAAUGUACGGCUUCCAGGCUCUCCGGUAGAAGAACGGAAAUCUGUGUUCUCUAUGUCAAACGCUAGUGUCGAUACUACCAAUGUCGCUUCUCAGCAAACCAGAACCAACCAGUCCACUGCAUCUUUGUCUAACAGCACGAAAGGAACAGCUUCACAGGAGCCUCCUGGAUCGCCAAAGUCAAUAAGCAUGACCGUCCUCACUUCCCCACACUCACCUCUUCCUUCGCCCGUAAUGAGACAGUCUACUGCUGCUCCGGGAGCUUAUGGGAGGGAUGCAGACGCUUCUUCUAUCUUAACUUCUCCCCACUCCUUGAUGACUUCUCCUCAUUCUCCGAUCGAGCCUACCCGGUCCUUUGGAGAAUUCAAUCGACUUGAAGGUCCUCAGCUCACGCCCCCUUCUUCACCGCCCAGGCAAAGUACAAUGACCUCGAACGGGCCGUCUCCCUCUAACUCUGCUUCGUCAUACAAGGCUCAACAACGGCGGCCUACCAGUGAUGAUUCGAAUCUCCUAGCUGGGGAAGCUGGCGCCCUGUACUACAUGCAGCAUGUUGACGGUAACCAGCCGAGAAAACUUCCCAUACCUUCGGGCGUGAAUGGCGAUGAUGACUCUGAUUCCGAAUCAACAGAAGAAGACAACGGGUCUGUGAAUGCCACGAAGUACUCUACACAGACACAGCGCACGCCUCCAAAGCGGCAAGGUACACCUAUGGCAUUCGACAGGUUUACAUCAACUCCUGUAGACGUGCCACAACAACAGCGAGAAUCACCGUCAGGAUCGAGUGCCCGAAAUAGCAGCCCAGACGACCGGCGCAGUCCGAAAUCCAGGCCUACUUUUGGACGUAAGCCAUCGGGCGCACGUGCCCCUGCUAAAAACCGCUUGCAAAACAACCACAAUGGGGAUUCCUCGUUGCCUUCUCACUCCGAACACGACGCUUCCAACAACGAGGCGAGCUAUCAAGAAGCAGGCAAGAACAUGAACGACACGCGCGUAUCCCAAGGACAGGCUGCUCCACUCGCCCCACAAAUGUCGAACUCGACAUCAGAGGACAUGGAUGGAGACGCGUUAGCCGCGUUGAGCUAUCUCACCGUGAACGAUGAGGACGUCCCUCCUCCUAUGCCACCUACACAAACUGUAGAGCCCUUGCGCACUAAAUCGCCGCGUUCACAUUCUUCCCCGUCACCCCCUCCCGCGUCAAACGAAGGCAGUGCACCUUUCAAAUCAUCGUUCGCACCAUCCAAACAAGCUGCGGAGAGGAAGGCAAAAGCUCAAGCCCAGCAAGCUGCUCACCAAGCUGCGGUCCAUAAGCCCGGUAGAUCGAACGGCAAGCGGAAGUCGAGGGUGCCUGAAAGGGCUGUGUGGAAUGAAAGUAGUGACGAGGAGGAGGAAGAAGACGAGGAGGAAGAUGAUGAUGCGGACUCUGAUGCUGUGCCGUCGCCACCCCUUGACCGGCGCUCAAGACAAUCCUCCCCCAAUGCAGGACCUCGUAUGAACAAGCCAAACACCGGGCCAGAUGUCCAAGCGCAGCCUCAGCCUACAUAUCCCAAUCUCAGACCACCUCGUACGUUGCCUCAGAUCCCUGGAGGCCGAUCUGAUUCUGAAGAUUACAACGCACCUCCACCGCGUCGUGUUCCCGCUGACCAAGGCCCGUACUAUGAUGACGGCCAGCAAUAUCGCCCACAGUCCAAUUACCCACAACUUGGAGCUGCUCGUCAGUCAGUAUGGAGCCAAGUUCUUGACCCAGGUCGCAACCUUGGCGAGCAGAACACCAACAAACAGGAUACCUUCAUUCAACUAGAGCCGCCCUCGCAGACCAUGACAAAGGCGUUCACACCUCAAGGUCUUCUUUCCGCUGGUAUGCAGGAUAAACAGGACCGAUCAGCGAAACGUCAAGAAGAGCUUGCUCGUGAAAGUGGGGCCUCUCUAAUCAACGUACCCAACAAACCUCCCCCUCCCCAGACUGGUCUACUCGGUGCCAUUACCGCUCAUGAGCGCGAACGUAAGCGAGAGGGCGGUGUAGGCGCUGCCCUGACCGAGCGCGAACGUGAAAAGCGAGUAGCGGAAGAGAGGCAGCGUAGAUUCGACGAACAACAACGCCAGCAGAUUGAUCAAAUGCAGCAAGGAGGAGCAAUGUACGGCGGCCAGUUUGGAUAUAAUCCCAUGAUGAACCCAAUGAUGAUGGGUAUGAAUCCUAUGAUGGGCAUGUCUCCCAUGAUGACCGGCGGCGCGAUGCCCCCGAUGAUGACUGGACAAAUGCCUGGACAGAUGCCAUACGGUAACAUGAUGGGUGGCUAUAACCCUCAGCACAUGUUCGCUGCUCAACAGGCAGCCCAAGCGUACCAGCAGGCGAUGAUGGCCUUCUCCGUUGCUGGCUCACAAGUUGGGGGAGAGGGUGGUGUUCCUGGCGCGGUCAAUCCUAUGAUGACAGGCGGUGGCAUGGGUGGUGGAAUGGGCAACUUCGAUCCUAGAAUGUCUAUGAUGAGUAUGAUGGGACCUAUGGGCAUGGGUAUGGGAGCGAAUGGUAUGGCAGCCAAUCCAAUGCAGAUGCAAAUGACAGGCGGUGGCAUGUCGACAUUCGAUCCUCGAUUCCCUCCUUCCAUGAGCAACACACCUCCCAACGACAUGGGUCUUGCGCCUCCUGGUGCUGUCGGCGGUCAAAACCACUCUUCCGGCACGAGCUCACCAGCCAGGAACGGCUCACCUCUUGCCCGCCCACCAUCACAAGGAGAAGCAAUGCGGUCAUCUUCACGCCCCCCGACUCCUAAGCAGUAA